AUGGAUAUAAAUACGGAAGUUUUGCUGGACUUAUCCAAGGGGCCCAUUGAAAUGGAUGCGCAUGAGGACCAGCCAUCCUUCCCGAUCAGCAUGGGGUCGCACUCGCCGCCUGUCAGUCCAAGUAAUCUAAGUGGAGACCGCCCGGCCGAUGCCGAGAACCAGAACCCCGGCUUCUCUCACACCGAGUUUCGUAAAGUGGAGAAGAAGUACAAGCUCAUUCAGUUCCCCCGUCGGAUCGCGCGACGCCUGCCGGCCUCGCAGAGGACAGGGGGGGAGACCUUCACGGGGUCCGAUCACCGCCGCGAUAUGGUCUUCCGCGGUGUUGUCGACUUCGAGGAUUUGGAAGGCAACACGGAGGAGAACCGGGCGGCGAUUCGCGCGAUCCCGAUCGGGGAGCCCGGGGUCGCGUGCUUCGGCUUCACCCGAGUCCCCGGCCUGAUCUUCUUCCCUGGCGCGCUGACGCCGGAGGAGCAGCGGUUUUGGUGUCGCGCGGCCAUCCUCGACUUCGGGGACUCCGCGCGGCAUGAGAACAUCCUGAGCACGCACGCGAAGUCGCCGCGGGAGACGACCUGCUACCAGCCCCCCAUGCGCUGGGCCACCCUCGGCUUCAGCUACCAGUGGACGAGCCAGACGUACCGGCCGGACCGCCAUUCCAGCUUCCCGACGACGCUGCGACGCCGGAUUGAGGCCCUCGUGCGGCGGAUCCCGGCGAACGAGGGGGGGGAGGGGCUUUCGCUCGCGACGGCGGCGACGCCCUAUCAGCCGCAGGCGGCCAUCGUGAAUUACUACCCCGUCGGCACCGCGUUGAUGGCGCACCAGGAUAUCAGCGAGCAGGCGCUGGAGCAGCCGCUCGUGAGCCUCUCGCUGGGGUGCUCCGCGAUCUUUUUGAUGGGCACCAAAUCCCGCGACGACGCGCCGCACGCGUUUUUGCUGCGCAGCGGCGACGUCGCGGUCUUUACGGGGCCGGCGCGGUUGGCGUACCACGCCGUCCCCCGCAUCCUCGAUGACUGCCCGGAGUAUCUGACGAUUCCAGAGGGGGAGCUGAGCGAGGAGGAGCGCGCCCGCUACGCGCACCACAUGUACUUCCAGCACCCGAUGCCCGAUUGCAGCUUCAUGCGUGUCGACAAGGCCGCCAUGACGGAGGAGGAGCAGGAGCGCUACUGGCGGCUGUGUAUGCGGCAUAUGCGGGUUAACAUUAACGUAAGGCAGGUGUACCCAGAGGUCUGCGACUUUCUGUAUGAGUAA